AAGGGGGGGAGGGAGCGGAGGACGGGAGGAGAGGAGAUUCUCCUCGGGAAUCAUCGGGCCCCGGGGUCAGGGACAGUGUGUGAAAAGGUUUCAGGCAGCAGGUGUCUUCGGGCGCGGAGAGAUGAAAAUCUCGCGUCGGUAUUUAUCACCCGAAAAACCCCGGCCACGCCCAUACUUCGAUGGCCACAAAUCAAUCAAUAAAGAGAGGACACGGGCUCUGCCGAAGAGGAUGUUCGAGGUGCAGAUACCGACAUUGCCUUGCAGCGAGCGGCAACGUGCAGACGAGGGAAAUUCCCAAUUCCGAAGAAACGACGUUUCCUCCCUUCGUAUUCGCCCUCUCGCAAUCUUACACUUUUCUCCAAAUCGCAACUCGUCGUCCUUAUCGAACACUGUACAUCCUCCUAAGAGACACGCCCCCGUAAAGGAGACAACUUUGGGAGAUAUCGAAAGGACAGAAGUCGAAUCAAUUUAGUAUUAAACCUAUGUUAUCUUAUAACUUAGAGCAGAUUGUUGUAAUUUAUUGCAUUAAUUA